AUGGGCUCCAUGGCAGUGUGACCAUCUGCUGUGCUGCUAUGAGAUCAUGAUUAUUUGACAUUAAACCAAAUCAUACAGACUCAGCAUAACAAGCAGGCAUCUGCGUCUAGAAGGCUCACAUCCUAGAUCAAACCAUCAGGAGGCAGUCUUCAGAAAAGUAGUGGACUGACUUGUGCCCUGCUGUGAUAUGACUAGAGAAGGAGAGAAACAACUUGGAGGAAGGUAUUAAAUGAAGAGCCUCUUGCAGACUCCCCCACCACUCUUUUCCUAUGGAGAAGUUUGCUUUAUGGUCCUGGUUAAGAUGGCCACUGUGAAGAGGUAGCAAGAGGCAUAGAACAGCAGAGGAAAAUGCACAACAGCAAUUACACUUGAUUUUAUUGAAAUAUUACGAAAAAAGCCACAAGCACCAGAACAACUUCCAGUAGUGUAAGGAAGAAAGAGACAGAAGAAUAUGGACCUCUGAGCAUUCCCAGCAAAUGUGUUAUGUUUUCAUCUUCUGGACAAUAGGGAAUUAUUAUCUGUGUCAAGAUGCAUCUGUAAAGCUAAAAAGAAAACUCCUUCUGAAUCACAUAUGGAUGAUGCGAACCCACAAAGCAACCAUCUCUGCUAACUCAGGAAAAUAAUUUUAAGAGAAAAUGCCAUCAAACACAGGCAGGAACAGAACUUGUAGACCUCAUCCAACUUCUGACAAAGCAUUUGGUUUUGCUGUGGUAUCUUCAAUGGAGUCCCCCAACCUCCCACACCAGAUACAGCAGCUCCAAAAAGAAAGUCUGUCAGCUACCACCAUUCAGGCUGUGUGGCGGGGCUAUCGCGUUCGAAGAGAAGUGGAUGAAAUGAACAAAGCUGCUGCCAGGAUUCAGGCAACUUAUCAAGGCUAUAGGGUGCGGCAGGAAUUGCCCUUGGGGUUUUAUGAUUGUCUUAGGUAUAAAAAGGCUGUGCUAAAUCAGAAGGAGAAAUCAGAAAAAAGGGCAAUGGCUCUCCCUCUUGUCAUGGAGCGCUGUGUGUAUUGGGAUAAGGGCUCUCAGACAGCAAAUGUUCCCACUGAAAAUGAGAAGCUGAGAGGUCAUUGCAGAGAUAGGCAUGAACCAGGUGCUUCUGCCAUUCCCGGAGCAGCUGUCUUCAAAACAGAAUUUUCUCUCACACCCUGCAAAAUCUUGACCCUUACUAAUAAUUUGCUUAUCCCUGAAGUCUUCCAAGCCUUGACAUCUGAACAGCAAGUCUAUGAUGCUGCAGAUAAAAUUCGAGCUGCAGGGAGUGUUUACCAAAGCAGAGAUGGGCUUGAUAAAAUGAAAAGGCAAGCUGAGAAAAUAGCAGAGCUGAGCCAGAUCUUUGUUUAUAGGUAUCAACUCAAACUAAGCAGUUGUGAAAAUUAUCAUAUUUCAGAGCUAGCUAGUGCCACCAAGAUGCAGGAAUUGACCACAGACCUCCAAGAUACAGUGCCACAAGCUGAGCAAGACCUCACUGUGAAGCUGGAACUGAAAAAGGAAAACAAAGAGUCUAAUGCAGAGGGCAAUGCAACAUCGAUUAGAAAUAUUAAUGUGCAUACAGUGGUCCGGAGCCUGUGCACAUCAAAAAGGUCCAUCUCCCUACUUGUCUCCAGUCCUAAUGGAGCAGUGGAAGGCUUUUACAGCGAUAUGGGCAGCGGGAAGUUGCAUGGACUCUAUACUGUGAGAAAGCACAGGAACUCAAAGCUGUCUCAAGUCUGCAUUCACAUAAAUGUGGUGGAAAUGGGGAAGACGACAGACAGGAAUUCAUCCUGGUAGGAAGGCACCAAGGAAACCAAGGACUGGAAUGACUCUCGUUCUGCAAAAAUUUGUCUCUGUACUUGCAGAGCCUGAUCAUCACUGAAACAACUGUCUGUGUGCAGCUUGAAUGUGAGUUCAGUUCUGGCAGCUUCUGUCAAGGGUUCCUGUCAGCCCUCUCCCACCUUGGUGUGCUAAGUGGCUGCUUGUUCCCUAGCUGACACAAAGACCGCUCUUUCCUUACCCACGGUGUGAAAGAGGUUAAACCUCUCAAAAUGUAAUUGCUGCCACAAACAGGUCCAUGCACAAGUGCAAAACUCUUACAUGUUAUCUAGCCUCAAUGAACACCAUGCAGAGUUCCAGCUACAAAUGUAUCAUUCAAAGCAUGAAUUUUCAAAACUACAAACGUUAUGCCGGGCUCCCAAAUAAAGCUCACACAGCCCGUAAUCUACAUUCAUUGUAGCCCAAACGAAUCCGACGGACCAAUAACAUGCACAGACCACCACACAGCAGGUACCUGGGUCAUUCCCGCGAUGCUGCCUGCACUGCCCGGGUGCUGCCAGGAAGCGGUGCUGAAACAGCGCGGGAGAGCGGGGAGGAACAGCCACAGCAAGGACUGUAAAGGGAAAAGGCAAGGGGAAGGUGAAAGGACAUUCUGUUGGAAAAAAAGAAGGAGGAGGAAAGUGGUGGCUCUGCUGGGACAUCGCGGGAGAGAUGAAGGACAGAGGGAUGCGGUGCAGCUGCCCAUGGGGAAAGGGUGCAUGGAGGAGGAGGAAGGGAUGAAGGGCAAACAGAAGGGAGGGAGAGACUGAGACUUAUGCUUACUGGGGACUGAGCAAGCCAAGAAGAGUGACAGCAGAAAGGUGCCUGGCAGGUACAGGGAGGUGGAGGAAGGAAGAGAGGCUUCAGGGUUUCGGGCAGGUAGAAGUGCCUGGUGCUGCAAAAGUUGCUGGUGAGCUGUGCUAUAAACAUCCCUUGCCCAGAGAAGAAGCAUGUUUUAGGAAGCUGCUUUUGGGGGGAGUUGUCUGCUGACAGCAAGGACUGAGAGCAGAGAGGAUCAAAGGGGAAGCAUCAGGGCAAGGAUGAGGCUCCAAGAGUGCUGCCUUUCUGCGGUGGUGAGAAUGGUACAGAAACACACAGGCACAGAGUUCUUAUUAGCAAUGAGAGCAGAGCCAGGCAGAGCUGGGCCAGGCUGAGCUCACUUCUAUUAACAGUUCUCAGUUUCUAGGUUUACAGAUAUGGGCCUGGACGAUUUUUAAAAAAAUGUUAUCCCAAACACACCACACUGAUGUUGUGACUGUUUUCAAUCACAUUCCCAUGCAUAUCUUGUGGGUGGCAUUCCGAUCCACUCAUUCACACGCCCAGGCCCAACAUUCACACAUUAUACAUGUGGGGGUGGUUUUCCGACCCGAGAUAUCAUUCUCACUGGCCUGGGCUAUCACUCCUUACACUCAUGAAAAACAUACUUCUGUAUAACCUGUCCAUAACCCAUGCCUCUCUUUUCUCCUUCCUGCAGCUAACAACCCUGACAGUGCUGCAAACCCCUCUCCAUCUCUUGGUUCUUGAUACCAGGCCUCUCAAUUCUGGUUCACAGCAUUUCCUACCCACGUCCUUCCACCCCACCACCCUUGUACCCUCAGUCCAAGUUCCUCAGGGUCACCAGCUGGCACUGCCACCUCUCCCUGGAAAAUGCAUUUUCCAUGCUUGGCUGUGUGAUGCCUUUGGGUAACAUGGUUUGCCACUCUCUAUCAUAACCUCAAAUUUUCAGUUGCUCUUAAUAUUAACCAUGUGUGCUCAAAAUGAUGGAUUUG